CAGCAUUUUUGAUGAAACAGUGAAUGUAAUAAAUCUAAAAGAACACAACUACAUCUGCAUCUGAAUCCGUGAAAGAAUGCAUGCCCACGUUGUGAACCAUCUCUUGCCUCGGGCAUUGUCCGCCUGUAGUGGACGGAGAAAUGAGCCAGUACGAUGCGAAGAGGAUGUGAGGACGCCGAGCUUUUCGAGUACGUACUACACAAGCUUAGACCAUGCUGGUAACGAGAUCAACAAUAUUGAUGAGACACGAAGAAAGAACAGUGUCCAUCGAUCGCUCAAUCGAGGACCAUCACAACAGUACCCUUCAUGCUAUCGUUCCGGAAGACUCUCAAAACUAGUCCAUUGUGCUGAACCCCCUCCAAGUGUUGUUGACCGCGCCGAAUCCUCCUACAAACCUGGCACCUUGGAAGAAUUUCAAGAGAAGUACAAAUUCCAAAAGUUAAGGCUCAACUUUCAAUGGUCAUCGGGGUUGGUCACUGAGAUCGAAGAGGCGACCCCUUGAGAGAACAGGGGAAAACUAAGGGAAAGGGGAGAGCUUUGAAGGGGAUCUCUUCCGUUCAGAGUCAGGGACCACCGACUGCUGAGCUCUAAAAAAGGGCAAGAUAAAAGACGUGGACAAACUCGGGGAAGGAGCUUAUGUUAUGGCUUCCCCUAAUCCAUCUGCUCCGGAAGCAUCUCGACGCUGUACCAUAAGAGGAAAACAGAUCCGAGAUGAGUCUCAAGAUAGAUUAGGGUGGGCUCUAAUUGUGGGAGUGUGAUGCGCUGUGUUAACCGACAUUCGAAAGCCAAACGGGCAGUAAAAAUCGGCGAUGCUGAGGAUAGAGCGAGUUUUAAGGUACUUCAUGCUUGUAAUGAAUAUGCUUCUCAUUGGUCUCUAUCUCAUUCUCUUUUCCUUUAAUGACGUAGUUCUUGAUCGUUGUAAAUAUGACUAUGAGCAGGACUAGGACUACGACGGACUACAUGAAGAUCACAAUUUUCAUCACACUACAACUAUGCAUAGAUACAUGACAACGUCAACUCCACAGCUUUGGUCCCACACUCCUAUGCAUUACAACUUUUACUUCAGUUAUGGUCCCGCUUAGGCCGAAAUCCACACAUCGUCGAACUGGUGGAGCAUUUCGAGGCUGAUGGUGGUAAAAAGCAGAUCGCAGUGAUGACCCUCUGUUACGGAGUUGACGUUUGCGAGUGGCUUUUGCAUCAUUUAGUUAUGUCUGGUGGACUUCGACGAUUUUUAAUUCACGAUGGAAUAAAUAUAUGUGUAAGUAUUCUCCUUCACCUUCCCAUCAACAUCAUGAGCAACUACAUGCUUCCUUAAUGAGCGCUAGUACUCCAUUCCCGGGAAAUAAAUCCUUGUCCCUCGUUUUCUAAUGCCAAAACCGAACAACACGCUCCGCCAGUGUCCAAAGCACUCAAAGUCUUCUUGCAGAUGGUGGAAGCAGUAGGCCAUUGUCAUUCUUGUGGCGUUUUGCAUAGGGACAUCAAACUCGAGAAUUUCCUCUUUGAGGAUGCUACGGAACAACAUGUUCGACUCUGCGACUUUGGCGCAUUGAUGGAAAAAGGGCCAUCUACAUCUAGCUCUGAAGAUUCUUCCGGUCCAGCAGGAACAGGAACAGGUUUCGGAGGUGUAAAAGUGAAACAUUUGGCUGGUACAGUGCAAUACUUGGCUCCAGAAUCCAUCAGACAAAAACUGUAUAGCGAAAAAACCGACGUAUAUUCGCUGGGAGUGGUCUUAUGGAUCAUGUAUGGUCUUUUUGAGAGUUAGUUCGAAAACUCAAAAUAACCGAGUUACUGAAUGAAAUAAGGGAGGUAGCUAGCUUUGACAAGGCUACUCUUUCUUCUCGUCAGUAUCUCGGUUGUUCUGAUCAGUUACUUGCUUAUUUCAGUUUUUCGAAUACUUAAAUAAGCGAGCAGUAACUACAGACGAGAAUAGCGGAGAUACUGAUGAGAAGAAAGAGUAGCCUUGAUGUUAAGCUACGCCCCUUUUUAUUUCAGACAGUAACUCGGUUAUUUCAGUUUUUCGCUAGAACCUCAUCACUAGAACUACUAGAAGGUGGUCUUCUUGACCAUGACCAACGACUCGAACUAGAACUUGAUCUUGACCAGCUACAAAAAAUUGGGUUUCGCUAGGCAUCGUUCAUCCUUAUCAAUCUCCAGAUGAAUCUCUUAUUCUUAACUAUACUUUUUUUAAGAUGCGAGUGCGACGUAAUCCCCACGGCGAACCUGUAGAGCCAUUUCUAAUCUCUCUUUUCGUCCUCCUCGCCGCCUCAUUUCCUUACGAAGUACCGGAAAAGCAAGCCUUGCGUGGUAUAUUUGAUGAAUCCAAGAGCAGGCCUCAAUACAGGAGAAUUGCGGACAAAGUAAGUCCUGAAUUGCUUCAGGUUUUGAGAGGGAUGUUGGAAAUCGACGUGAACAAGCGAUGGGGUAUCGAGAAAGUACGUGCAGCAGUCUUGAAGGAGCGCGAAAUCAUGAUGAAUCGAUUUCCGAGUCAAAAAGAUGCAGAUCUAGAAACGAGAGUGGCGAUGCAGUCAGGUAGUGCUUCUAGUAGUUCUCACCUCUUAUUCAUCAGAAACUGUUUCACAUUCACACAAAGACAAACAAGUCAAAAUUAUGAGGAAACAGGAAAAGCACCUUUCCAUGUUGAAACCAACGUAAAUCACUCUCAUCAACUACGCCUUCUCCCAGAUCGCAUCCUUUCGACGUCUCUCGAGGCCGCUCGGCGACAACGGCGUUACCAAAUAUUGCAACCUGGUGCGAGGCUUUUUACUGAGGGAGAAAAAAUCGAGGAUCCGAGUAUUUUCGUAGUCCAGAAGGGCACUUUGGCAGUGCACAAAGCUGGCGUUCUAGUUGCUGAAUUGCGAGAAUUAAGGCUAGACACUCACUAUCACUAUCGGGUCCUGGCGUGGCGUAUCCUGAGUGUGAGUGACGUUCCCUUUGAUUUCUUCAAGGGGAAAGAAAGCGAUUUCUUGAAGAGGAAAGAAAGCAAGAACUCAGACUGGCGUAUCCUGAGUCGCGUUCCCUUUGAAUGAUUUAAUGGUGGAGACAGAAACAGAUGCAACAAAGUAACCCCCUCAACCUCCAGAGAUGGUGAUAGUGAGUGUCUAGCGUUAAGAGACGGCGCAUUAGUUGGGGAGAUGUCUCUGUUGUUGGAUCGCAAAAGGAGAACGGCGACUGUAGAUGCGGGGAAGAAAGGGGCUCAGCUACUGCGUGUGGAGGCUAGCGAUAUUCUGAGUGACUCCGAACCUUACGGCAGCCAAGAGAGCAUGAUCGAUCCCCCGCAUCGUCCUUGGCCUCUUUUUCAAGGGGAAAAAGAAGUGCGCGCCAGGAGGAUGGUGCUCUCAAGGACACGACGCGGUACUAGUUCUAAGAACACGACAAAGCAGGAAAGAAAGAUGGACGAUCAUCCACCUCUUCUUCAUCUGGUUCCACUGAUGGUUCAGGCUCAGGUUCUUCUUCCUGUCCUCUAUCCCAAAAUCCUGGCGGCAUCAGAACAUUAGCGGAAAUGGCAACAAAGCGAUUGUCGCAGAACGAAACAAUUACCUUUCUCGAAACACAUUUCCCAGACGCUAGUUUGGACUUUAUCAAAGCCUUAGCACAGAAAUUCGACUCCUCGCCAGUCAUGUUUCAUCCACAUGACGUCUUGUUUCGCGAGAACGAUAGAGUGGAAGCUGAUCGUACUCUUAGAUGAGACAUCAGAUGGCGAACCACUAUUUUGAUGUUGGAUAGAUUUAGAUUCGCCUGCUUAGCCUUACGCGUUAUGAACAUUACGCGUUCUUCUUGUUCUUUUUACUAAGACUUUCCACCAAGAACAAUACGAAUCAUUCUUCCACCUAAACAAACUAGGUUGUGGUAACCAGAACCAAUGAAUGUGUUUCUUGUAUAACACAGACAUCAGACAUGCUUCUUGACGUUAACAUCCAAAAUGCAAAUCAGGUUCCGUCUACUUCGUUCGCUCUGGUGAGUUGGAGAUUCUGGCCAAGGGCAGUGGACACCAAUUAGGGGAACAGAAAAUUGCAUCUGUUUCUACGGGAGCUGUGAUUGGGGAGAUGUCUGCGCUAUUGUCCUUCGUGUAUCCGGAUGUUUAUUAUGGACAGUGGAAAUUCGGAAUUCGACUGUUUUUGAUUUUUGAAUCAUUUUGAGUAGAUCUAGAUUGAAGAUUGAUAUUUAUUAUAUUGAGAAAUACUAGCAUGAUAACGUCCCAUAUUCGUGGAUCCCUCUAACUCCCCGCCGCCCAACGUCGCUCGAGCACCGUUAGAGCCGCGAAUCAUUGCGAAUGUUCGGUCGUCCAUUGGCGAGACAUCGAAGCGCUUUUAAAGCGUUUUCCGGAAGAACAUGAGCGCAUGACGGAAAUAGCGAAACACAGGCACGUCGCGAACUGUGAACAGGCUGGUGGGGAAGAAGCUCUCCGACUGCGGAUGAGUCGGAGUUUGCAGGAAGCGAAAAAACGGGAAGAGGAAGUCCUCGCGAAGGUAGCCUUAGCCGCAGCGAGUCGGAAGGUGGGUGGGUCUUAAACUUGAGUGUUGUAGGAAAAGGAAGUACUGAUCAAAGAUUUUUUUUACCAUGUUGUUAAGUAAACUCUAGUCUAAUGUUUCUGGUAUUCUUGUUGAGUGGCGUAAAAAUCAACAUGAUACAUACCGCCAAAACCUGGUCUGGACAACAUAGUAUUUGAAAUCUGAAAAGAAAAAUGAACAGAGUCAAUUAGAAUUAUGUCACUAACAAGAUUAAGAAAUGCAGAAUAGUACGAUAGACAUUGAAAAUGAACACAAACGAUGUUGAUAUCCAGGAGUUCUUUUAGCUGAGUAGUUCUUACUAGUCUUACAAUCGGAAAUGCGCUCAGAGUCCUAGGAGACCGAAAUACAGAUAGACUCUCCUCAAACUAACACACUUGAUACACGAUAGUGCAACGGAUUAAGCAUAAGCCGCUUCAUGAUAAAUAUGUUGUUGCAACAGUUUGCCUUCCAUGGCACCAGGUAGAUAGAAGUAGAGGUCGUGCUAGUUGAAGAACAGGAAAGAAUUUCACGAUUUACAUAUUUGACACAACUCAUAUCUAGCUUGGAUCAUACGAAAGGCGUAGAUAGCAAAGUUGGAGAGAAUUGUCGGCAUCUCGCCGAUGGAGUGCUCACCAGCAUCGUGUGUCGCUCAACAUUAUGAUUUUCCUGCUAACUUCUUAACCCCUGAUGAACAUAAGAUGGCUGUGUUUGAUUUCAAGCCGGAUCAGGAAAGCAAGGAUAUAUCGCAGCACAGAGGCAUGGCCGAUGGCCCAUGCUUCAAAAAACAAUUGAUG